AUGCGGAUUCUUGUGAAUCUCCUUCUUGACACAUUGCCAAUGUUGGGAAAUGUUUUGCUGUUGUGUUUCUUUGUGUUUUUCAUUUUUGGAAUUGUUGGAGUUCAGCUAUGGGCGGGUCUAUUACGAAACCGAUGUGUGAUUAAUUUACCCAAAACUAUAUCAGAAAAUCAAACCGCACUAUUCAAUGAUGUUAAAUUAACCAGGUUCUAUAUUCCCGAGGAUACCUCGUUAGAAUACAUAUGUAGUCAUGCAGAUGCAAACGGGUUACACACAUGCUCCAACCUUCCACCAUAUACUGUAGAUGGAGUGAAGUGUAAUUUAACUAUAGACGACUAUGAUAAAGUUAGUGACAAAGCGUGUAUCAACUGGAAUAUCUAUUACAACGAGUGCCAGGUUAUGCAACGGAACCCUUUCCAAGGCUCAGUGUCAUUUGAUAAUAUAGGAUUCGCAUGGGUAGCGAUUUUUCUUGUGAUAUCGCUGGAGGGAUGGACGGAUAUCAUGUAUUACGUCCAAGAUGCCCAUUCUUUUUGGAAUUGGAUCUAUUUUGUUCUACUUAUAGUU